AUGCGCCGCCUGUCCCUCCUCCUCCUGGCCGCGGCCGCCCUCCUCGCCGCCGCGGUGGCAGGAGUGCGCGCCGGGCCGGAAAUGCCCCAAGCGGCGUCGGUGGCAGGAAUGGGCGCCGGGCCGGGAGUGCCCCAAGCGGCGGCGGGGGGGCCGGCGGCCAAGCUGUCGCCCGAUUUCUACAGCCAGACGUGCCCACGGGCGGAGCGGAUCAUCGCGGAGGUGGUCCAGUCGAAGCAGAUGGCGAACCCGACCACCGCCGCGGGCAUGCUUCGCGUCUUCUUCCACGACUGCUUCGUGACCGGCUGCGACGCCUCCGUGCUGAUCGCGCCCACCCGCUUCGCCAAAUCCGAGAAGGACGCCGAGAUCAACCACUCCCUCCCCGGCGACGCCUUCGACGCCGUGGUGCGCUCCAAGUUGGCCCUGGAGCUGGAGUGCCCCGGCGUGGUUUCCUGCGCCGACGUCCUGGCCCUGGCGUCCAGGGUGCUGGUCACCAUGACCGGAGGCCCCAGGUACCCGGUCCCGCUGGGCCGCAAGGACUCGCUCUCCUCCAGCCCCACCGCCCCCGACGUGGAGCUCCCGCACUCCAACUUCACCGUGGGGCGCAUCCUCGAGCUCUUCCUGGCCAAGGGGUUCACGGUGCAGGAGAUGGUGGCGCUCUCCGGCGCGCACACGCUGGGCUUCUCCCACUGCCAGGAGUUCGCGUCCAGGAUCUACAACUACCGCGACAAGACCGGCAAGCCGGCGCCGUUCGACCCGACCAUGAACCCGGGCUACGCCAAGGGGCUCCAGGCCGCCUGCAAGGAGUACCUCAAGGACCCCACCAUCGCCGCCUUCAACGACGUCAUGACCCCCGGCAAGUUCGACAACAUGUACUACGUGAACAUUGAGCGCGGCCUGGGCCUGCUGAGCACCGACGAGGACAUGUGGUCGGACCUGCGCACCAGGCCCCUCGUGGAGCGCUACGCCGCCAACAACACCGCCUUCUUCGACGACUUCGCCCGCGCCAUGGAGAAGCUCAGCAUGUACGGCGUCAAGACCGGCGCCGAUGGCGAGAUCAGGCGGCGCUGCGACGCCUACAACGACGGGCCCAACACCCUGUGAUCGAUGCGUGCAUACG